ACGUGUGGUUUUCUUUAUGUCAGAUUGCGCUUUGAGGAAGUGAAAUUCAGUCCGGCUUCGUCACGCUCAGGAAAGGCUGGCUGAGGGUGAGCUGACGCCGGGUUCGUCUGUUUGAAGCGGCAGCCGAGGUUUGGAUGGAAUAAGGAGUCGGAAGGAAAGAUGAACGAUCGCUGGUACCAUGAGGACAUCUCCCGGCCUAUGGCCGAGAGCCUACUUGCUAAGGCGGCUCAGGACGGCAGCUUUCUGGUCCGGCACAGCGAGUCCUGCGAAGGAGCGUUAGCCUUGUGCUUGCUAUAUGAAAACUGUGUCUACACUUACAGGAUUUUUAUAAAUGAGGAUAAUUUGUUGUCUGUUCAGGCCUCUGCGGGGAUCAAGCCCAAGAAUUUUGAAAAGAUGCCGGACUUGAUCGAGUAUUACAAACAGGAGAACACGGGACUGGUGACGAACCUACGGUAUCCGGUAGAAAGAGCAGAAGAAGUGGACGGACAGGAGGUGGCAGUAGGUGCUGCGAAUGUUGUUGACUCCACUGCAAGGAUUCGCAAUGAUACCAGCAGGUCCCUGGUCACUGAAAUACUCGCCCAGCGCCUUGAACAAGUGGACGCUGCCAUCUUGGCACAGGCUCCACAAGGUUUUUUUAAAGCCCUCUGUGACUACGUUGAGCGGGAUGUGCUUAAGGAUGCUGAAAACAUAAAUUCCUCAUCAAUGGACAUGUUACAGCUGCGGCUCUUGCUCAGUUUACUCACUAAAGGCCUCAGCAGCGAGCUAAUCCAGACAAUGUCUGCACUGGAGACAUCUCAGAGCCUGCUGGACAACCAGCCAGCCCCUGGAGGGAGCGUACAGAAUCAGAUUGCUUCUGAUGGGGGUGUCAGAAGAUUGCUCUCAACAGCUGAAGACCUGAGCAGAAUGCUCUCAACCAUUGAGAACCAGGUGAAAAAUUUCGAGCCAGAGUCUCCGGACACAGAUGUUGAAGGUCAACACUCUGAAAUUGCACCAGUAACCUUUGAGGUGAAAUUGGACAGUUUUGGAAUCUUCAUGAAACUCCAUUUGAAGGUGGACAUAGAGCAUGGGAAGUUAAUUGUGAAGAAAUCAAAGGAUGGGCCAGAAGAUAAAUUUUACAGUCACAACAGAAUCUUGCAGUUAAUCAAAUCACACAAGUUCCCGAACAAAUUGGUGAUCAUGAUCGAUUCCGAGGUGAAGAAAACACAACGGAAGGAGUACGUUUUCACUGACUCCAAGAAACGGGAAGGGUUCUGCCAACUGUUGCAGCUGAUGAAGAAUAAACAUUCAGACUUCCCAGAGCCCGACAUGAUCAACAUCUUCAUUGGAACCUGGAACAUGGGUAAUGCCUCACCGCCAGCGGACAUACGGUCGUGGUUCCUUUGCCGAGGCCAGGGGAAAACGCAGGAUGACACAGCCGUGGACAUCCCCCAUGAUAUUUACAUUAUCGGCACACAGGAAGACACGCAGGGAGAGAAGGAGUGGGUGGAAUUGAUCAAAUCCACAUUAAAGGACAUUACCUACAUAAAGUUUAAACAUAUUGCAACACAGACCCUAUGGAAUAUCCGGAUAGUUAUUCUGGCAAAACCGGAGCAUGAAAACCGGAUCAGCCACAUUUCCACCAGCAGCGUUAAAACUGGCAUCGCCAAUGCACUUGGUAACAAAGGUGCGGUGGGGGUGUCCUUCAUGUUUAAUGGUACAUCCUUGGGAUUUGUUAACAGCCACCUGACCUCAGGAAGUGAGAAAAAGCUAAGGCGGAACCAGAAUUAUAUCAAUAUCCUGCGCUUUCUGAACCUUGGAGAUAAGAAGUUAGGUCCAUUUGACAUUACCAAUCGGUUCACACAUCUAUUCUGGCUUGGUGAUUUGAACUACAGAGUGGAGCUUCCAACACAGGAGGCUGAGAAUAUCGUGGAGAAGAUCAAACAACAGCAGUACCAGGAACUGCUAGCCAAGGACCAGCUGAUCAUGGAGAAGAAUGACAAGAAAGUUUUCCUUCAAUUCCAGGAAGAAGAGAUCACCUUCCCUCCAACUUAUCGUUAUGACCGUGACAGCAGAGAGAUGUACAACUACAUCAAACAGAAGGCUACAGGACUAAAGUACAACUUGCCGUCCUGGUGUGAUCGAGUGCUAUGGAAAAGCUACCCCAAAGUACACACCAUGUGCCAGUCUUAUGGCUGCACUACAGACAUUGUCACCAGUGACCAUUCACCGGUAUUUGCAACUUUUGAGGUGGGAGUGUCAACACAGUUUGUAUCCAAGACUGACCCCAACAACGCUGCCUCUCCAGGUACAAUCAAUUUUAUCAGGUGUGAAGCCAAGCUGAAAACUAAAUCCAAGACCAAGUUCUUCAUUGAAUUCUAUUCCAGCUGCUUAGAAAAUCUCGUGAAAAGUGCUGAAGGUGAGAACCAGGAGUCUAGAGAUGAGAAUCUGACUGUUGUGUGGAGCACUCUCCCUGAGCUGAUACCCAUUAUCUCUGAUCCAGAAUAUUUACUGGAUCAACACAUCCUCAUCUGCGUCAAAUCCACCGACAGCUACGAGUCCUAUGGUGAAGGUUGUAUCGCUCUGCAAGCCAACUCAAAUCAGAUAACAUUCAACAUUCCAUUGGAACACCGUGGCGAGGAGACAGGAACUUUCAGCGGCUCAUAUAAGCUGAUCAUUUCAGAGCGAAAACAACGAGAGAAGACGUAUGAUUUUAUACAGUUGGAAAAAGAUGAAAUGAUUUCAGCUAAGCAAAGCAAAACAAACACUCACUCAGAGCUUCCAAAAUCCUGGGACCGAUCAGGAAGGAUAACCCAGAAAAUUCCAGCACAGUUCUUGGCUGAAGAAGCAGCUGCUAAGGCCCGAGACCGAGUGCCAUUGCCAAGCCUUCCAGAGACUACUUCCAAAGACAACAGCAAGCCCUCAAGCAGCAACCCCGAAAGCUGUCACGGUAAAAACCCGACAAUGAUGCACCCGAGGGCAGAAAUCCCUGCAUCGCUGGAGCCGAAGUCGAUGCUGCUGAUUAGUAACCCCUUGUACGAAGCGGUCAACCAGAUGCAAAGUGACACCUUGAAGAAAGAGCAGGUCACCCCACGGAAUCCGAGAAAAGGUGCUCCAGCAACACCGGGAAAGGUCCCCUCUCCUUACUACCCCUCUGCCGAUAAGCUGGCACAGCCGGGAAUGAGCAAGAAGUUGAACCGGCAGGUGCCGCUCCCCGUGCCCCAGAACAGGAGCCGAUCGUACACCUGCUCAGAGUUGAGAAGACCAGGCAAAGGGGCAUCCCGCUCUGGUCAAGCAGAGGCUAAGGCUCACCAUUCGGUUUCGGGGGUCGUCUCACUGAGUGAGCAGCCCCCUUCGCUGGCCAGGCCCCCACUGCCGAUGAAGAGUCAGAAAGUGCUGGAACUACAACACGCGAUGAAAGACUACAGAGAAACCUCGGUGUUACCAGCUCACCACAAGCACCACGGCAACGAGGCCUUGGGGCAACAGGCCAGCGUGUCCAGUCUCCUAUCCGGAUACCACUCGCUCGAGCCGCCCAACGACAAGCAAGGACAUCUGAGACCACUGAACUCAGCGGGGCGCGCCUUCCCUUCUUCCGAACCCACCGCUGGACGACUCAGAGUGUGGAUACCGGACAAGCCCCCAAGCUUUGACCAAAGUCCCCGUUGUGGCGAGAUGAAAAUUCCUUGUCAGAAAUUUUCAGAAGAGUGAAGCACUUCCUGUUUAUCUUUGGCUUACACACACGCGUGGCAAAUGUAAAUUAUGGUUACCCUAAGGAGAGAAUCAGCAGUGCUGGAUGUCAGGAAUCAUGCCAUGAACCUGUCACUUGCCUCCCAGUUCUCCUCGAGUUGAAUAGCUGGCUGUCAGGUACAGCUCAGAGCAGGUGAUCAGCAGCUGGAAGGGAGGAGGCUUGAAGAAACCCUCAAUGUUAUAAGGUUUUCAAAAGCGUGCCCCCUUCGAUGGGCAUGUUCUUCACUGAUCGCCAGUUGUGGAGGAGCUUCACAGUAUGAGCUGACCAAAGCACAUUGCCACCUCCAACGUUUGGCUGAACCAAUGGCGACGAGAGCCAUACUCUGUACUCACCGGCACCAUGGCUCACCUCAGGCAUGGAAGCUUAGAUGAACAGUCCCUUGACACUCCACAGCUAGGCACAAAAAAAUCAAGAACUUUCAAUUCUGCAGUGCCUGUUGAACUCAGGAUGACCCAAGGACACUUUUGAAGCGUAGUUGCCGUGUAUUUUUUUCAAACAUGAUCAUUGCUGGCGAGGUCCAUAUUAUUGCUCAUCACGAUUUGUUAAGAUUUAAGAUUCAGUCACAUUGCUGUGGGUCUGGAUUCACAUGUAGGCCAGACCAAGAUGGUAGUUUUCUGCCCUAAAGGGCAUUAAUAUCCAGGAAGGGUUUUUCCUCUAGCAACGGUCAUUACUAGACCCUUAAUUCCAGAUCUUGACUGAGUUUCAAAUUCUAACCAUCCUGCCUUACCAGAGUUUGAACUCAGACCCCCAAAAUGUUACCUGGCUGUCUGGGUCACUAGUCCAGUGACAAUACACUAAGCCAUUGCCCCCCCCCCCCACCGCUUCUAACAUAGGAAAUGUGACAGACACUUUAUACAGAGUAAGCUCCCACAAAUGGCAACAUAAUGCUGACUUGAUAAAAGCUGCUGUAGGUAUUUUUUUGAGGAGUACAUGUUGGGAUACCAGCAAGAACUCCCUGCUUUUCCUCCAGUAAAAAAGAUUUUCACAUCUGCUUGAAAGAGGAGCCAAAGUUUUGAUUUAAUAUCUCCUCGUGAAAGUGUGGAACUCUAGCAGUGCAGCACAACCCCAGUGUUGCACUAGAAUGUCAUCCUAGAUUUUAUCCUUAAAUCCAUGACUCUGUGUCUCAGUGGAAAGAGUGUUAUUACUGGGUCAUGGUUGAGGUAGUGGGAAAUGGCCAUUGCUGGAAAUUUGUGAGCCAGUGGCGAGGAGAGAUGAGAGGGGUGGGGACUGUGGAAUGAUUUAUUUGCACUCUGAGUCUUAUGUGCCUGUAGAUGUUCUGUCAGCUCAUGAAUUGUGCUGAAUAAUGUGUUUGUGAGGUGACAGUGACUGGCCUUGACAUCAGGUUUGCAUUUGACCAAGCGAAGCAUCAAGGAGCUCUAGCAAAACUAGAGUCAAUGGGAGUCGGGAGAAAGCUCUCCAUUAAUUGGAGUCAGACCAAGAACAAAGGCAGAUAGUUGUGGUUUGGAGGUUAAUCAUCUCAAUGUUGCAGCCAUUUCUUUGCGUGGCGUCCUCCACCCGACUACAAUAAGCUGUUUUAACAAUGGCCUUGCUCUAUCACAAAUGUUUGUACAAUGUCUAGCCAAAUAAACAUGGCGGCUCCAAGACAGGUCAGAGGUCAGCAAUUCUGCAGCUCCAGUUUUCCCAAAGCCUGACUAGCAUCUAUGAGACAAAAGUCGGAAGUGUGAUGGCAUGCUCUCCACUUGCUUGGAUGAGGGUAGCUGCAACAACAUUCAACAACAUUAUCCAGGGCAAAUGCAUCCACUUGAUUAGCAAACUGUCUACCAACUUGAAUUCCCUUCACCGCUGUACUAACAGCAUGUACCGUAUACAAGAUGCAAAGCAACAACUCACCAAGGCCUUUUCCACAGCACAUUCCAAUCCCAUGGCCCAUACUACCUUAGAAGGACGAGGACAUGAUUCAUGGAGCAUCAGCAUCAGGUUCCCCUCCAAGCCAUUCACCGUCGUGACUUUGAAACAUAUAUCAACAUUCCUUCACUGUUGCUGGAUCACAAUCUUGAAACUCCCCUCCCUACCAGCAUUGUGGGAGUCCCUAUACCCCAAGAACUGCAGUGGUUCAACAAGGCAACUCAUCACCAUCAUCUCAAGGGCAGUUACUUUUGGGUAGCAGAUGAUGGCUUUUCUAGUGAUGCCCAUAUCCUGUGGAAGAAUUAAAAAAGAAACUGUGCCUUGUAUUCAAAGGCUUUCUUUCACUAAUACACCCACUUCGACAUGGGAGAUGACCACUUUCCAGGUGCCAAGUUUUCCUUGCAUUGGAGUCACAAUAUGCCCCAUUCAAAGAAGUACUUUCCCUAGAGUACACUGGCAAAUAUCCAUCUCACCCACAACACUACCUCGUCCCCCACCUCACACCAUUUUCUGGUGACUGCCUCCCUGCCUCAGAUCAUUUGCCAUCCUGUCUGUCAUCUGUCUCAGCUGCCAUUUUUCCAUUAGCAAAAAUGCAAAGAACGAAGGUAUUUGCAUUUCUGAUGCAGCUUUCACAUCCAUUUCAAUGUUUCUCAGUGCCCAUUAACCACAAAUUUGAGUGUAGUUUGGUCUUGUUUAGGGAGCUGCAGUGGUAAAGAGUGAUUUCCAGUUCUUUCUGCAACUUCCGGACUCAGAUGGGGCAAGUUUAUGUUUUCUGAAAUGUAAAUUCUCCUAUUGAGUUUUCAUGGUAUUGUCUUGAAGUUGUAUGAGAACACCAGUGAAGAAGGCUGCAGAUGAAAUAAAAGAUGAUGGAAUCAAUGGUUUCACU